AUGGACAGAGGGCAGAGUCAGGGAAAGAGCCAUAGAGCCAAGGAAGAGAGCACUGAGGAAGCAUCCACUUCUUCAUUCAUCUCUCUGAAAGCAACAGGUGCAGGUAGCGGUCAAUAUGACGUGUUUUUGAGCUUUAGAGGCUUGGAUACCCGCAAGGCAUUCACUGAUCACCUCUACCACAGUUUGAGCAAGGCCGGGACUAUACCGAUUUGCGUGUUCAAGGAUGAUAACAGCAUACCGGUUGGUGAGGAAUUUGGUACAAAGAUUCUUGAUGCCAUCGCACGAUCUAAGAUUUCGAUCCCCAUCAUAUCCGAAAAUUAUGCUUCGAGUAAAUGGUGCCUUCGUGAGCUCAUUCAUAUCAUGGAUCGGAAGAAGAGCAUGUCACAUAUAGUUUUGCCCAUUUUUUACAAAGUUACCCCGUCGGAUGUGCGACAUCUAAAAGGAAAUUUUGGAAAUGCCUUCCAUUUGAAUCGGGCACAUUUUGAGGAGAAGGAUAUCCAGGAAGGGCAACGAGCACUUAAGGAAGUUAGUAACUUAAAUGGAUGGGAAUCUGAGAAAUUUGUUGACGGGCAUGAGGGAAAAUUAAUAGAAUGCGUGGUUGAAACUGUUAUAAACAAGUUACAGAAAGAUUUUCAGCUGGAUGUGCCUGAGCAACUAGUUGGACUUGAUGGUCGUAUGAAGAAAAUUAUGAAUUGGAUCGACAAUCCUUCCAUCAAUGCUCGAAUGAUUGGAAUUUAUGGCAUGGGCGGGAUAGGCAAGACAACUCUUGCCAAGUGCAUCUACAAUCAACUCUCGAAUAAAUUUGAGCAUGUCAGCUUCCUUUUAGAUAUUCGAGAAACUACCAGGCGCCACGGUAUUACGUGUCUACAGAGUCAACUUAUAUCGGAUAUACUUAAUGAAAAAAGGGAAGUUUCUAGAAUUGAUGAAGGAAUUAAUAUAAUCAAAUCUAGAUUCGGACAAGAAAAGGUUCUCAUUCUUUUGGAUGAUAUAGAUGAUAAGACUCAACUAGACGCAUUGGCUAGGAAAUGUAAUUGGUUUAUGGCAGGAAGUUUGAUCAUUGUUACCACUAGAAACAAAGCUAUUCUUGAUCAAUCUGAAUUUGAGGUAGACUACAAGUAUGAAUUGAAUGAAUUGGAUAAGGUGCAAGCUUUGCUUUUGUUUAAUAGACAUGCAUUUCGUAUGGACCAUUCUCCGGGGGACUUUGAUGGCAUAUCUCGUGAUAUCAUAUCCACCAUGGGUGGGCUUCCCUUGGCACUUCAGGUUGUAGGUUCAUACUUGUAUAGAAAAACAAAUCGAAAAGUAUGGCAAGAUGUGUGGAAGCAAUUAAAAGACCAACCGCAUAGAGAUGUUCAAAAGAUAUUGCAGAUAAGUUAUGAUGCAUUAGAAGAUGGACAUAAGCAAAUUUUUCUUGAUAUUGCUUGUUCCCUUAUUGGUCAAAGGAGCGAAUUUGCCAUGUACAUGUGGGAGGACUGUGGGUUUUAUCCAAGUCUAGGAAUUGAAGAGUUGAAGUUGAGGUGCUUUAUUAAAAUUGGAGAUGGUGGUCGGUUUGAGAUGCAUGACCAAUUGAGAGAUCUUGGAAGGAGCAUUUUUUGCCAAGGACAACUGCUUGAGCAACGUAGUGGACCAUGGGACCACGACUACAAGGGAGUCCCAAGAGAUUGA